AUGUCUCUCCUCCUCCGAAACGCGCGGUUUGUUACUGCUGCUGCCGCCAGACCCUUCUCGAGCACGAGCUUCGUGGCGCUGAAGGAGAGUGAUCGCCAUAUGCCAAACCAAGCGGAGCACAACGAGAAGCACAAGCAGGACCAGCUGCAGAAGCAGAAGGAGGGAAAGGGUCAAUGGAAGCCGGAGCUGGCUAGUGACUCUGAGGAAGCUCUCAAUGCCGAACGCCAUAGCGGCCACGGGUCCAUUGAGGAGUUGCAGAAGAAGAGUGCGGAGCAGGCUCAGAAGAAGAGCGGCUAG